AUGGCUACACUUGCUUAUCUAUUGGCAGGUGCACUACUACCCUCUUCAAUGGUGGCAGUAGUAGAGGCACAAAUUUUCGAGUGUCUUAAUGGUGGAGCAGGACCCUGCUUUGAUCGCCCGAAUCCGAAGACCGGUAAAUCGGACUGUCGCUUCAUGUCACGUCUGUGCGGUAACCCUAAGUAUAGCGACGUCAUGAAGACGCAGUGCCCGAAAACAUGUGGUUUCUGUGGAGUUGGAGGAUCGACAUUCGCACCUUAUUUCACAGGAGAAUGUAAAGAUAUGGUGAAUACUGCUACCGGAAAGUCAGACUGUGGCGAUCGUCAGCACCUCUGCCGCGACCCGAAUUAUGAGGAGCUCAUGAGUCAGCAAUGUCCGCAAACUUGCGGUUAUUGCCCCUUGUAA